AGGGAUUCCUCAGGCGAUUCCGGCGUUGAUGAGGAAUCCAUGGUCCAUGGCGCUUCAUCCGUGGUCCGUUGCACCUUACCGGCGAGGUCACCAGAUCGGAAUCAAGGGAGUUCGUGGCGGGGAGAAGCUUCUGCGGGAUGCUCCGGUAUGAGCUCUACUGGAUGUGUGGCUUUGCAGAGUGAAGAAGGAGGUUUUCAGCGUUUAAGGAGAAAGGUCGGCGCUCUACGGUGGCGGUUUGGUAAUGGUCCUGUGUUGCCUUUUCCGUUCGACUCUCGUCUUCCUGGGCUCGCCGGUGGUCCUGUUCCGGUGAGUAUCUGCAGUUUCGUGGGAAGACGGCUUAGAUCGGGAAUGAGAGUUUCCGUGAAUCAGAAAUCAUCAAUCAUUCAGGAGGUGAAAGGAAUCAUUAUUUGGUCCCCUACUUCUCCCCUUGACUUUGGUGGCCUCUUUAGCCCCAGGUCCUCUUCAUUUGGCCUCCGCAACAAAUGGCUUUCUGACAAAGUUGGCCUUUCUCUUCUGAGCUCCAGCCUCGAUCUAGGCCACGAGGCUUCAUUCAGAAGGGACUACAUUGUGCUUUCCCCUCAGAUCAAGCCUAAGAGCUACGUCGCUCCUUCAUUGUCUGUUGCGGUAAACAUUCAAUCCGACCUCAUUGUGGAGGAACCAAGGAGAUCAAGCUCAUCCCCUAUGGAUAUCAUCUCCACACAGGCUUACUCUCGCUCGCUGGCUCUCUCUGAGGACUAUACCUGUAUAAUUUCUCAUGGACCAAACCCAAAAACAACUCAUAUAUUUGGCGACUGCAUUCUGGAUUGUGACCCCAAGGAAGAUAUUGAGAUGCAGGAAGAAGGGGAUGAUGAUUCAGUGCCUAGCACAGGAAAACCUCAAGAUCAUAUUGACAGAAUGAACAACAGGGCAGAAAAGGAAAAUGAGAAGGCCGGUGUUGAAGAUUCAUCUCCACGAUCAAGUUACAAGGAGGAGGAACUGGCUUUUGUUGCGUUACCGUCUCCGAGGAAGGAAGUUGGCUGUAUCAUUGAGAAUUAUCGAUCUGGUGAAUCUCUAGCUGUGCCGAUUCAGCGGAUCCGGUUUGAUCUCCCUUUGGCGAAUCUAGGCUUGCGUGAUUCUUACUUAGCAAUGUUCUAUGGCACAGCUGUAUGGGACCCUUGGCUUAUCGUUGGCCAGAUUAUUUGCCUCCAGUGCUCUUACUAUCUCACUCUUGGUCUCUUCACCAUGGUCUUUCUUGGCCUUCGUGUUCCUCGCCUUAGUCUUGUCUACUUCUUCGAUUACGCUACUCUCACUACUUCCACCUUCACUGGUUGGUGUGUCAUUGCCUCUUUCCUCUUCUCUUCACUCGCUGGGGCUGUCUACAUGAUAUUUUUGGUGGAACGAGCACGCAAAUGCUUAGAUUUCUCUGCAACUCUCUACAUCAUUCAUCUCUUCUUCUGCAUCUUGUAUGGCGGAUGGCCUUCCUCUAUGGCUUGGUGGGUUGUUAAUGGAACCGGACUCGCUGUUAUGGCUUUGCUCGCUGAGUACUUGUGCAUUAAACGCGAACAGCGAGAGAUUCCCAUGGAUCGGUUCCAUUCAAGGGUUUGAAGAUUGGUGUAUGAACAAGUGAUGAAGAUUCUUGUAUCAGGGCGGGCGACUCAUAGAGCCUACUAGUACUCUUAACAAUUGUGAUGUACAGAGAUGAAAUCAGAGGAGUAGAAUGGGCAAAAAGAACUUGAGCCAGCCAAGUAACCAUGUUGAAGCACCAGCUCUGACUGACUGCAGUUUUGUAGUGACCUCAAAAAUUAAGACAUUGGAAUACG